AUGGCGGAUUUACCCAAGGCUAGAGUGAACGAGUCACCAGCAUUCUGUCAUACUGGUGUCGACUUCUCCGGGCCCAUUUUCAUUAAAGAGAAAAUGUUCCGGAACAAGUCUACUCUCAAGACGUACGGAUGUGUUUUUGUCUGUCUGGCUUCUAAAGCCGUUCAUCUUGAGCUGGCCACCGAUUUGUCUACCGAGGGCUUUUUAGCGGCGUUUCGGAGGUUUAUUAGUCGUCGAGGAGUUCCUGAGCAUGUGUAUUCGGAUAACGGUACCAACUUCGUUGGUGCAGCUAGGGAACUCCGAGAAAUUGAAUGGCAUUUCAAUCCGCCUCUAUCUCCUUAUUUCGGUGGUUUAUGGGAGGCUGCAGUGAAGAGCUUCAAACAUCAUUUCAAAAGAGUUCUUAAAGAUCAAUUGCUCACUUAUGAGCAGAUUAACACUCUUUUGAUUGAGAUUGAAGAGGUUCUCAAAUCUCGUCCUCUCUAUACCCUUUCUUCGGACCCCAAUGAUCCAUUGGCAAUAACUCCUGCUCAUCUAAUGAUCGGACGACCUUUUAAUGUGUUACCUGAAAAAUUGGUUCUUUCAGUUCCAGAUAAUGGGCUGUCGACCUACAACUUCGUCAUCAAAGCCCGACAGGAUUUCUGA